UUGUGCGGCGUCUUGUAGUUUGUCUGCUGUUUCGCAAGUGCUUUGUGUGUUAUAAAUUGGAAUAUUUCUAUUGAAAUAUUAAUUACUAUUUAGAUUUUCGACAUUUUUGUUGAGCUGCUCUGUUCGAAAUUCUGUUCAAAUUUACAUAUAACAUAAACCGAUUAAUCAUCACAUCUUAGCAUCACCAUGGCAGAGAAAUCGGAAAAACUCCUAACGAAGGAGGAAAAAAUCGCUGAAGCUAAGGAACUGUUCGGUCGGGGCAGUCGAAAUUAUUGUAUGAAACAGUACUCGGAUGCUGCUGACGAUCUUAGCGCUUGUUGCGCCAUCUACUCCGAACUUUAUGGUCCAACUGCUGAAGAGUGUGGCGAACCUUAUCUGGUGUAUGCCAAGGCAUUGAUUGCCCUAUCUAAAGAGGAAAAUAAUCUACUUGUUCCGGAAGAGGGUGCUGAGGGAGAGGAUGAUGACGAGGGGGAUGACGAGGAAGGCGGGGAAGAUAAUGAAGAAGAAGAGGGCAAUGACGAGCAGGGGGAGGAGGCUCAGGGAGAGAAAGAAGAAAAGAAAACAGAGGAUUCUGGUGAAAAAUCGGAGGCGAGCGAGGAAGCUUCCGAGAAAAGUUCGACUGAAAACGAUGAAGCGAAAAAAGACGACGAUCAGGAAGCGUCUUCCACGUCGGCACAAGCUGAGCCACAGCCUGGUCCAUCAACUUCUAAUGGCACUGAAGAGCCUGAAGAAACUGACGAAGGUGAAGACGAAAAAGGUGGAGGCAGCCUAGAAGUAGCUUGGGAGAUCCUUGAGUUAGCCGUCAAAAUUUUCGAAACGCAAGCCGAUAAAUCGGCAACUAAUUUGGCUGAAUGCUACAUGGAGCUUGCAAAUAUAUCAUUUGAGAACAGCAACUACUCUCUGGCAAUCAAUGACUACAAAAAAUCGCUUGAGAUAUACGGUAAAAUUGGAGAACCAAACAGUCGGCUAAUCGCAGAAAUUGAUUACAAAGUUGGUCUAUGUCACAUGAUGCUGAACGAAUUUCCGGAAUCAAUCAAAUACUUCCGUGAAGCUUGUAUCGAGCUGGGUAAAGUUAUUGAUCUAGAAAAGGCUAAGGAUCAGACUGAAGAAACGAGAGCCACCAUCAAAGAUCUUAAAGAAACUAUGCAGGAAAUCGUCGAAAGGAGUCGAGAGGUGGAGGAAACAACUAAAACGUCCAUCGAAGAACUUAAACGUGAACUUUCCAAAAUUAUCGUCAAAACUGGAACCAUGAAUGGAACCGAUGGCGCUGCAGAACUCGCUUCAUCCUCUUCUUCAAGUAAUGGAAUCGCGUCGAGCUCGAAAGUAACGGAUAAGCCAAAAGACAUUUCCCACCUUAUUAAGCGGAAGAAGCCUGAUAAUGCUGAGGCUGAGGUUGAUGGUUCCCCAGCUAAAAAGACUGCUGUCGAAACGGAAGAAGUUAGUGAAGGCGUUUAAUUUGAAGUUUUUACUAUUUACUCUCCACACUCAGUUUCCAGCUACUAUUUUUGUUCGGAUUAUUUGUUUUGUUUUCAAAGUGAACCAGUUACUUGAAGUGAAAGUGUUAUUUUUUAAAAUUUGAAAUUCAGUUAUCUCGUUACAGUAAUCCAUAGACACAUAAUUUAACACUAGCUUGUACUUCUCUACAGUGUAAGAUGAAAAUAAUUUAUCAAAAUAAACUAUUAUCUAUGUCUAGAA